AUGAAGUCUUUCGUCCCUCUCAUCGCCUUCCUGGCCCCUGUUGCCAUUAUGGCACAGACCGCCACCACAACAGCCUCAUCCGCCUCGUCAACCUGCGAUGCGGACUACAUCGUGGAGGACUGCCUGCAGAGCACGACGGCCCGCCAGCAAGACUGUGACUCGCAAGACUACACGUGCCAAUGUGCCGCAUACCAAGCCAUCGCAACCUGCUACAACAACUGCCCCAACGACGCCCGCGCGUCCACCGCCCAGGGCCAGGUGACGCAGUUCUGCGCCCUGGCCAGCCAGUACGCCUCGACCAACUCGGUCAAGGCCACGGGCAGCGCGGCGGCGUCGUCCGGCUCCGCCUCGGCCACGGCCACGGCCACCGACGACUCGAGCAGCAGCAGCAGCACCUCCACCGCGUCCAGCAGCUCCAGCAGCUCCAGCUCGUCCGCCAACUCGGCCGCCGACCUCGCCAUCAGUGCCGGCGGCCUGCUGGCUGCCGUCGCCGGCGUCAUGGGUGCCCUGCUGUAG